ACGAGGAAACGGGUGGGCAGGGAAGAAGGGAUGCAGUACGGCGGAGCCGGCCGCCGCCGGGACUCCCCGCCAUCACCUCCGCCGCUGCCGCCGCCGCCGCCGCCUCCGGCUCCUCCCGCUCCUCAGGCCGUCUCUGCCGCCUCCGCCUCAGCAUGAGAGGAGCCGCCGCCGGGACGCCCUGCCACCCCCCGCUGCCGAGCCCGGUAAAGUACUGAAGUAUAGAUUACUGACCUGAUAAUAAAAGCCUGUAAUAAAAUGGCAAUGUCUAGGGUACCCACCCCACCUCCACCUGGAGAGAUGACCUGUGGCCCUAUAGCUGAAAGUUGGUGUUAUACACAGGUUAAAGUAGUAAAAUUUUCCUACAUGUGGACCAUUAAUAACUUCAGCUUUUGUAGAGAAGAAAUGGGUGAAGUUUUAAAAAGUUCUACAUUUUCAUCAGGCCCAAAUGAUAAAAUGAAAUGGUGCCUGAGAGUAAAUCCAAAGGGAUUAGAUGAUGAAAGUAAAGACUACUUGUCCUUAUAUUUGCUUUUAGUCAGCUGCCCCAAAAGUGAAGUUCGAGCAAAAUUCAAAUUUUCCCUUCUAAAUGCUAAAAGGGAAGAAACAAAAGCAAUGGAAAGCCAAAGAGCAUAUCGAUUUGUACAAGGGAAGGACUGGGGAUUUAAAAAAUUCAUUAGGAGAGAUUUUUUGCUUGAUGAAGCUAAUGGUCUUUUACCAGAUGACAAACUUACGUUGUUUUGUGAGGUAAGCGUGGUCCAAGAUUCAGUAAAUAUAUCAGGACAGACUAAUACAAAUACUUUGAAAGUACCUGAAUGUCGACUUGCAGAAGAUUUAGGGAAUCUCUGGGAAACCACGAGAUUUACUGAUUGCAGUUUUUUUGUAAGAGGACAAGAAUUCAAAGCUCAUAAAUCUGUUCUUGCAGCUCGCUCCCUCGUUUUUAAUGCAAUGUUUGAACAUGAAAUGGAAGAGAGCAAAAAGAAUCGAGUAGAAAUAAAUGAUGUAGACCCAGAGGUUUUUAAAGAAAUGAUGAGAUUCAUUUAUACAGGGAAAGCACCAAACCUAGACAAAAUGGCUGACAACUUGUUAGCAGCUGCAGACAAAUAUGCACUGGAUCGACUGAAGGUGAUGUGUGAAGAAGCUUUGUGUAGUAACCUCUCUGUAGAAAAUGUUGCUGACAUCCUUAUCCUUGCAGAUUUGCACAGUGCAGAACAGUUGAAAGCACAAGCAAUAGAGUUCAUUAACAGGUGCAGUGUGCUUCGACAAUUUGGGUGUAAAGAUGGGAAAAACUGGAACAGCAACCAAACAACAGACAUAAUGGAAACAGCAGGCUGGAAGUCUAUGAUUCAGUCCCACCCUCAUUUAGUGGCAGAGGCCUUCCGAGCACUAGCAUCUGCACAGUGUCCACAGUUUGGUAUUCCACGCAAACGACUAAAACAGUCUUGAAAUCUUCCGUGAACUUUAGAAAAACUCAAUUGACUCUUACUCCUCCAGGUCCAGAUGGAUUCUAAUAUACAAACCAUAAACAAGAAUUGUUUUUGUUAUCCUUGUCCACAGAACAGAAGCUGAAAAAGCAUUGUUUGCUUUUCAGAUGGAUAAUUUAUGGUUUAAUCUUCAGCUUUAAAUUAGACUGAUUACUCUCUAAUUCACUGCAAGGCCUUAAAUUAUCUUCAAUGACUUCUCUAGUUCAUAUAGGCUAAUUUUUUUUUAAAUUGUGCCUUGUCUUUUUGACUAGGCUAUGCAGGAUUGCACUAGCUCCAUAAUGCAGUAAAAUUGAUAACUGAAGAUAUUAAGUUUCAAAGGAUCUUCCAUUAUUUUGAAAAACAAAAUGAAUUUUAUAGUUUUGGUCCUGUGCUAUCUCGAAGGUUAAAAUUAGGCUCUCCUCAAAAACACUUGAAUUGGAGAUGACCACGGAUAUACUCCAGUCCAGGUCUUGUGAAUACAGGAGAGCUUGCUUACCUUCAAGGUAAGUUAUGGCAAUACACUACUUUGAUUCUAAUUUAUUUUUCAUUGUAGGGGCAAAUAUGCAAUGGUUUGGCCUGAAAGAAUUGUAUUUUCAGUACAGUUUGUAAUACAUGUCUAUAUGUCAACUGUCCAACAAACUUUGAGAAACACUUAAUAAACUUAAGCCUGUGUUUCUUCAUGCCCUAGUUAAUGAUGUUUGAGAAUUAAGGUUAAGAUGUCAAAAAGAAUAAUAUUUGUUCUUAGGAAUGUUUUAUUUAUUCUGACCCCACAUUAAUAUGAAGAUUCCUGGAUGUGCAGAAAGUAUACAUAUAAUGACCAAAUGUAAAUUAAAUUAAUGGGCCAAAUUAAGAAUGAUAAAUAUGCACUUUUAAUGUGUAACUUUUUUGUAUACUGAGUGGUACAUAUAUAUUUUGCUUUUGAUCGAAUUAAUGAGGUACAAUUAAUGUGUCUUAACUUUUGGAAAAAAAUGAUAUUUGGAGCCAACUGGGGCACUCAUUUUGUUACCAUGGACAAGGAAAAUAACAAGACACAAUUGAUUAUGAAUUUCACACACCUUAAGUAACUGAUGUACUCUCCCUUUAAAAAAGGCACAUAAUAAAAAAGAUCCUGAGCAGUU